AAAUACGAUUCCGGCUCUUCCCGCAAACGAUCUCCAUCUCCAUCCCUAACGUCGUUUACUCCCCGCCAAAAAAGAAAAAAAAAAAAAACCCUAACCCUAGAAAAAGGGGCCAUGGCAUCCUGCGACGACGAUUUCGCCCUUCUCGGAGACGAGACUACACAGCCACACCACCACCACCCACACCACCAUCACCACCAUCAAACCUACGGGGCCCACCACAACAGGUUCGUCCCCACCAAACCCUCCCCUUCAUCCUCCACCCUCCAUCACGCCAUCCCGGCCACAAGCCCCCCAAAGAAGCAGGUGGGGCCCACCCCCACCGCUACAGAAGACGAUUACGGUGAUUCCCCCUUCUGCUCUCAGCCCGACGACCCCAAAUGCCCUCCUCCUAACCCUUCCUACCAUCCCCACGACUGCUUCGGCGACAACGAUGAAGACGACGUCGUUGAUGCCCCUGUCAACGCCAACGACGCCCCUGUCAACGUCAGCAACCCCAACGGCCCUUCCAAUCUCUUCGCAGACGAUGAUCCCGACCGCAAGUCGGCUGGCCGUGGGGCCCGCUGUGACAAGCGCAAGGAUCGCGACGAUCUCAGCGAUGGCGGCACCGCCAAUACCUCUUCCGCCUAUUGCUUCAAGAAAUCCAAGGCCGCAUCGUCAUCUGCUAAUUGCAGUGACUACCGCAAGGACCGUGAGGAGUGGAGUGACUCUGCCAUCGGGUGUCUGCUCGACGCUUACAUGGACAAGUUCGUGCAGCUCAAUCGCGGCAACCUGCGGGGCCGUGACUGGGUCGACGUGGCUGCUAUCGUCAGUGAGCGGGCUGAUAGGCAGAAGAUGUGCUGUGACAAGCAGAAGAUGUCGAAGAGCGUGGAGCAGUGUAAGAACAAGAUGGAUAACCUGAAGAAGCGGUACAAGGUGGAGCUGCAGAGAAUGAACAGCAGUGGCACGUCUGUCAGUCACUGGACCUGGUUCAAGAAGAUGGAGCAGAUCGUCGGAAGCUCUGUCCCCUCCAAGUCUGCUGUUUCCGACGAGGAUAAGUCAGUCACAGGGUCCGCUCUCGUGCCUCGGACCAAGAGUACUGGCAGAUAUCCGGUCGUGACACCGACCUCUGUUGGGGUGACAAAUAACAUGAAGACAAAGCCGAUGUCAAAUCCAAGGUGGCGGAGAGUUGUUUUCAAAAUUAGCGGUGCUGUAUUAGCUGGAAAUGGCCCUCAGAAUGUUGAUCCAAAGGUGAUGAUGCUGAUUGCCAGGGAAAUUGCAACAGCUAACCGCCUUGGUGUGGAGGUGGCUAUUGUUGCUGGCGGUCGUAAUUUCUUUUGUGGAGACACAUGGGUAGCUACGACUGGCAUUGAUAGAGCUACGACAUACCAACUAGGGAUGAUGGCAACUGUAAUGAAUUCGAUAUUGCUUCAGGCAUCUUUAGAGAAGAUGGGUGUUCAGACUCGCUUACAAACUACAUUUACAAUGCAAGAGAUUGCUGAGCCAUACAACAGGCAACGGGCUAUUAGGCAUCUUGAGAAAGGAAGGGUAGUUAUUUUUGGCGGCAUUGGUGCUGGAUUGGGAAAUCCGCUCUUCACCACAGAUACAGCUGCUGCUCUCAGAGCAUCUGAGAUUAAUGCUGACGCGGUACUCAAAGGCACCAAUGUAGAUGGUGUUUAUGAUUGCCACUCGAGAAACAGCAAUGGCAUGACAUUUGAGCACAUCUCGUUCAGGGAGUUUGUUUCGAGAGGCUUUACAGCCAUGGACAUGACUGCGAUAUCAUGCUGCGAGGAGAACGGGAUUCCUGUUGUAAUCUUUAAUUUACUUGAGCCAGGCAACAUUUCAAGGGCAUUGUGCGGCGACCAAGUUGGUACCUUGAUUGAUCAGUCGGGGAGGAUUAGCUGAUGUUGCUGCAUCCAUUUCUUACCGAUGCUAUUAUGCUGAAUGGCCACAAAGCUUAGAAGCUCUGGUGCAAUGAUUUUUCUUCAAGGCUUGUCGUCAAAACUUGUUGUUGGCUGCCUGUGUUUAUGGGCUCAUAUAAUCCACCACAUACACAACUUGACUCGGCAUUUUAGACCGAGGUGGAGAAUCAUCAGAGAUUUGUGCAAUCACUGGGUCUAUGGCACAGCAAGGAGGGCAGAUAAUUUUUCGGAAGCUUGGUGACUGCUACAGCUAUUUACUAUUCAACUGUCCUCCUAUUUUUAAACCUGUAAAUUAAGUGACAGACCCUUGUUGAUGAAGAGAUUUUUCGUUCGGAGAAAAAGUUACAAGAACUGCAAUUCAAUGCAGGUGUAUUUAUUUACCUGUGAAUCAUAUAGGUAGGACUUUGCUGAAAUUAGCCGAGGUUGCAACA